AUGGAAUCUGAACAUCAAGAAAAACUUCCAGAGGAGUUCCCGACAAACUCCACACUGGAUAACUCUCCUGCUCUCGCUAAGAAUUCUAGCCAAGCUCCAAAUCAAGCACCGUUGGGCCCAUCCACUACCCUCGAAACGCCCCCAGCGAAGCCUCCACGUCCCAUGUCGCCUCAACAACAGGCUCAAGCUACAUUGCAAGAGGCAUUUCCGUCUAUCGAUGGGGCGGUGGUACGUGCUGUGUUGGUGGCUUCUGGUGGUCAAAUAGAGCCUGCAUUUACGGCAUUACUAAGUAUGAGCGACCCUUCUGUUGUAGAAGAUAUGCGUCCGCCACCUCAACCGCCUCGUCCUCGCCCUGGUACUCAUUCACCACAAAGAGGCUCAGACUAUAAUCUUACUCAACACACUGAACAUCCACGGCGCCAGGGCCCACAAGGUUUCGCCACCACUCCCUAUAUGACCUCUACUCCUCAGAACCAGCUCGAGGCAGAUGAAAUAUAUGCCAGGCAGUUAGCCGAACAUUUCGGAGCAGGUAACAUAGGUUCUGGAAGAGGAGGCGGUAGCAGUGUGAAUUACAACACUAGAAAUGUGGAAACUAGAAGAAGGCAACACACACCACUUCGAGAUGAGGACUUUGAUCCAAAUAAGGAAAGAUCAUUCAUUGAUGACGAGCUCCCGGUGAUUAAGGAAAAUAUCCUUAAAGGGUUUGCUGAGACACAAAAUAAGUUCAACUCAUGGAUCACCGAUAUCAAAAAGCGUCUGGACGGCGACUCGCCAGAGAACUCGCCUCCACCCUCUACACGUAACAGCGCUCAGUAUGCGCGACCUGCGACCGGUAGACGGGGUUCUAGGGAUGGAGGGUACGAUGCUGACCCUAGGGUCCUGACUGAUGAUUUCACUCAUUUGCAUUUGAGGGACACUACUACUGAAGCACCGCAAUCAAGACGCCCUAAAGCAAACCCAGGUUUAUUCGAACCGUCUUCGGCUGAUAAAGCUGGUCGCAAGGUCUCCUUUGAAGAUCGUCCUACAAAUAUUUCUGACGAAGACCUAUAUCGCCCUGCCCCAAAUCCCCGCCCUUCAGCUUCUGUCUCACCUGUUAGGCAGCCAUCACCAGCUACAACCAGCAAGUGGGAACCCUUGAAGAGCGUAGAGCCAGCGCCUAUGGAUAGGGAUCCGUUCUCCCUUGGUGAUAGUGAUGAUGAGCGAGAGGUUCCGUCGAAGGAACAAGAAACGGCCAAGCCGGUGUCCAUCACAGGACCACAAGAAACAGGCAUUACUACGUCCAAAGUCCCUAAAUGA